UGUGUGUCCAUGAGGUCGUCCAUGCUGGUCUUGAUCCUCGUGGUCAGUGCCCAGGCCGUGUGCACCAUGGGAGGAAACUUCUGCCCCCCGGCUUCCACUCAGCAGCAGGGCCCUGCCCCUAACAGGACUCCUGACUCUGCCCCCACCGUGGACCCCAAACUCUUCACCAAGCGACGCUACCGCUCGCCCCGCGUUCUCUUCAGUGCGCAGCCGCCCGACACGGAGCCCACAGGACGCCAGGGGUCAGGGGCCAGCAGGGCAAGGCGCAUGGUAGGUCAGCCACAGCACCGGGGGGUGUACUCUGUGUGUGAGAGUGUCAGCAACUGGGUGGGCAACAAGACCAAGGCCACAGAUAUAUCUGGCAAUGAGGUGGAGGUGCUCCCGGAUGUCAACAUUAACAACGUAAAAAAAAAGCAGUAUUUCUUUGAGACCACGUGCCGUGGCCCCCGGGCGGGCAGCUCUGGCUGCCUGGGCAUCGACGGGCGACACUGGAACUCCUACUGCACCAACUCGCACACCUUCGUGCGGGCGCUGACUUCCUUCAAGGACCUGGUGGCCUGGAGACUGAUCCGCAUCGACGUGGCCUGUGUGUGUGUGCUCAGCCGAAAGUCCUGGCGACAGUGAUCGUACUGUAAUCACUGGCCCUGUAGUCACUGCAGUACUGACCGAUAGGACCACAUGGCACUGUUAUGAAGUCACUGCAAUACUGCAGUUCCACCCCCCCCCCACUGGAGCACUGCAAUUCCACCCUCCACCCCACUGGAGCACUGCAAUUCCACCCCCCACUGGAGCACUGCA